AUGGUCGGGGUCCCUCACAGUACUGGUUGUGCGCUAUGUCGCGAGAGACAUAUCAAAUGCGACGAAGCUGUGCCGGAAUGCACGCAGUGUCAACGAUAUGGCCGCGCCUGCCCAGGAUAUCGCCGCGUCUUUCGUUUUCAAGAUGAGGGGCCAAACCUCCAACGUCGCCAUCGCUCCACUACGCGCGGUCGAGGCCGCGGUCGCGGAACCUCAAAGGGCCCUAGCACAUCAGGUCCAAGCACUCCGACCUCGAGCAGCAAACCGACGUCGUCGGUUACGCCGCAGGGGGAUACCAGCGCGUCAGAGCCGCUCUUGGGUGCCGCGGGGAUUGUGCGCGCCAACGCCAUUGCUCUCAUGCGUCGUCACACGGCUGCAGUGACCCUAGACGAAAAUGUAACGCCCUCGUUGGUACGCAAGACUUUUCGAGCGGCGCAGCCUCAGCUUUUCCUAGAUUUCAUCAGUGCAUCAUUUCCAACAUUGUACUUUCACAAUCGGUUCCGGGCAGGCAACGAGCUUGGCUUUGCCGAAUUCAUUGUCCUGAACUUUGGCCAAGAUGCAUAUUUGGACACAGCGAUUUGUUGUCUGAGUUCGGUCUAUUUGGCCCAUCUGACUCAAGACCCAGUCUUGAUGCGAACGAGUCGACGCAUGUAUGGCCUCUCAUUGAAUGAGCUUAUUCGCUCACUUUCUCGCAAUGAGCAUGCGCUAUCGGAUAACAUGGUCUGCACAGCAAUGAUGCUCAGCGUUUACGAGAUGUAUGCUCGGACCAGUCCCGACGCUUGGGUGGUCCAUUCGGACGCAGUGAGGAGGCUGAUGGAAAGUCGCGGUCCAGCGCUGCAUGAUUCUGGAUUCGGAAGAUCAUGCUGGAUCGCAUUUCGGGGCUUCCAUAUCGCGACCGCGGUGUAUCAGGGGAAACCAUGCUUUUUGGAUCAACCUGAGUGGCAGGAUUAUACCAUACGAAAUAUGACUGAGGACGCCAAGAAGCCAGGGGAAUGGUCUGCAUAUGCAAUCAUCUCAGACAAAGUCUUUAUUGAGAUUGCUAAAUGCCCGCGAUAUAUCAGUGAGACUCGGGAGCUCGCCGCGGAUUCGACGAGUAUGGAUCGAGAUGCGGUGGAAGCGCUGUUGCAACGCAUUCACGACACUGCUACCAAAUUACGUGCCUUGACGGCAGAACUUCGUUUGUCCAUUACUGCUCACGGCCAGCGACAACAGGGUAUCGUUCGCCGCCCGAACACUUUCGUCGGGCCCGUGCCGGAGAUCUUUCCGGAAACCGGCCCUUCACUCUUACUCCGCGGAGCGGAGAAUGUGCUCACUACUCUUGGUCAGCUGCAAGAUCGGCUGGAAGAUUCACUCCGGAUCUGUGUGAUUGAAGAACUCUCGCCCGAAUCCAUCUGGGACACGCCGCCGAGUGAUGGCAGUGCACGAUCCCUGUCCCCCCCUUCCUCGACGACGAGUCGACCUAAGACUUUCACACUGCCGUUUCGAAUUUCCUCAGAACUCGGCCGAGGCCCUUCACAAACUUCUGAUCAGAAUGACCCACGUGCGGUCAUUUGGCUGGAUCGCGUUGCUUCGUCGAUGGGGAUGCUGGGAACGAAGAUUUUGGAGACGGGCUCGGUGUCGGAAGAUGUUCAGGAAGAAGCGGAGGCUUCCUGA